AUGGGAAUGGGGCUGGCCUGCUGUAAGCCCACCAGGCUCAAACAGGAACACCUGCAAGGUAAAGCUAGCUACAUAUUUUGAGUUAUAUUGUCAAUAUAAAUGUAUAUUGUAAUGUACUGUAAUUACAAUGUACAUUGAACAGCUAUGGGCUGUUGAUGUUCAUCUGUCUGUUGUGGAUUUCACUUGUUUUGUCCAUAGUGCAAUAUGCCAUACCACAACGAAAGGUGUCCUCAGUAGGGGCGCUAGAUGGGCUCAAAAAAAGUAUUUUAUUUUGUUGGUGGUGGUGUUCUGAUGUUGUAUGACGUACUACAUUCAGGUUUUGUGAAGAGUCCUUCCUUUCAUUUGAAGGGCAAGCUUUUCUGAAUAUCCAACAAAGGUUGGUAGAAAACAUUAUAAAGCAUGUUCUAGAACCAAUCAUAGCUGCUCCAGAGGACAUGUUUUAUUACAAAACGUACAUACUAUAAUAAAUAAAUAAUUAAACAUACUAUAUGCCAGAAAUAUCAUGAUGUUCCCUCUCCAUGGUGACUCUACACACAGUUAUUUAGGAAACAUUAUACACAACACAUGUGCUGCACCUCAUAAACACUGCUGCACAAAGGUCAACGGGAGUUAAUCCAUUCCCAAUCCUCAGAACCAUUAACACUGACAGUGACCACACACACACACACACAACACCGCUGCUUAUCAUUAACUGCAGGUGUCUGCACCUCCCAGUCAGUUAACUAAGUUCACACAGUCAGUGGUGGAACAAGUACUCAAUUGUCAUACUUGAGUAAAAGUAAAGAUACCUUAAUAGAAAAGGACUCAAGUAAAAGAGAAAGUCACCCAGUAAAAUACUAUUUGAGCAAAACUCUGGUUUUAAAUGUACUUAAGUACAGUGAUGUAAAAAGUACUCAAUUGUCAUACUACAGGGGCUCACUCAAACACUCAGACAUAAUUGACAAAUUCAGUAUUUGUGUUUAGGAGUCCGCCAUAUCAGACGCAGUAGGGAUAACAACCAGUGGAGGCUGCUGAGGGGAGGAAGGCUCAUAAUAGUGGCUGGAAUAGAGUCAAUUGAAUGCUAUCAACCACAUGGAAACCAUCCUCCCCGCAGCAGCCUCCACUGACGACAAUGUGUUAUAUUGAUAGGUGUGUGAAUUGGACCAUAUUGCUGUCCUGCCUGAGCAUUCUAAAUGUAACAAGUACUUUUGGGUGUCAGGGAAAAUGUAAUGGAGUAAAAAGUACAUAUUUUCUUUAGGAAUGUAGUGGAGUAAAACUUGUCAAAAAUAUAAAUAUUAAAGUAAAGUACAAAUACCCCCCAAAAAUACUUAAGUAGUACUUCAAAGUUUUUUACUUAAGUACUUUAUACCACUGCACACAGAUAAGAAGAAACAUAUUUUUCGCAGUAAAACUCAUCCCUCAUCUCCCCUCCCUUCCACUAAGGAUCCAUCCAUCCACAAGCACAGUGGUCAGUCUGACAUUUACCGACCAGAGGGAAUCAUUAUCAUCAAAAAUGAUCUUCACUGCAGUUUUCUGUGGAACAUGAAGUGUCCUAAUCAAAAUACCAGCCCUUUAAUGUGCUCAGUGGGAGUGAGACUUACAUUAAAUCCCAGAGCUCUGGUUUAUCUUAAUUGUCUCCAAAUCAGAUUGACUCGGUACGGGUACCCCCUGUAUAUAGCCUCGUUAUUGUUAUUUUAUUGUGAUUUAUUUUACAUUUUUUACUUUAGUGUAUUUAGUAAAUAUUUUCUUAACUCUAUUUUCUUAAAACUGCAUUGUUGGUUAAGGGCUUUUAAGUAAGCAUUUCACGGUAUGGUCUACACCUGUUGUAUUCGGCGCAUGUGACAAAUAAAAUGUGCACUUUCUUUCCAAAGACAGACUUUUCGUAUUUUCUUAUCUUUUUGACAGUCUGCAUUUCUUGAAUGAUUUUGUGAAGCUGUCUUAUCUGGCUGGCGGUGGGCGGGAAGAGGAAGCACUGACUGUGUUCAGGCUCCUUUAUGUCUGCGACGGCAGGACAUCUUUAUCACUCGCUUGAUUUCUCUCUUUUCCGGUGGCUGUAUAGAUCACUUAUGUGGGUGACCUGAAGGGAAGGGAUCCAUCUGGUUUACACUGCUAUUAAUGACAGGAACUAGGACUGAAGAGCUUUAUCUUUCCUAUCUGACCACAUAAAGGAACAGCUUUUUGAAGAAGUGCUUUUGAAGCUGUAAUAAUAUUAACACUUUCAUCUUUAAAAUUAAUGGGAAGUGCUAUGUUUGGAACUGGCUUGCUUAAGUAUUCACCCCCCUUGGCAUUUUUCCUAUUUUGUUGCCUUACAACCUGGCAUUAAAAUGGAUUUUUUUGGGGGGUUGUAUCAUUUGAUUUACACAACAUGCCUACCACUUUGAAGAUGCAGAAUAUUUUUGUGGGUGAAACAAACAAGAAAUAAGACCAAAUUAACAGAAAACUUGAGCGUGCAUAACCAACAGCCUGGACACUAGACUACAAACCUGUAUCUAAGGGUCACAUGAGUACACAGAGCCCAAAGCAGUCAAUGUGACUGGGCUGCUAAGCGAUAAUCACAGUGGUGUGAGUUUGCUGAGCUCGGUGACAAAGGCACUUAGCUUUAUGGCACCACUGUUUAUAUAUGGUUUACCUUCCCAAAGCUAAAUGGCAUUGCGUAACAUAGCAAGAGAUAUCAUUACACGGAUUACUGGACCACAGUAAAAUCACAUCUAAAGAAUGAUAUCUGAUUAAUCACUUAAAUGUGACUAUUAGCGAUCCUGUUUCUCUACAUGUGUACUACUAUAUCUGAUAAAUGGUAGACAUUAAUUUUGUUGCCAAAUCCUAUAGGGUCAAUCAAUUGAGACAUGUAGUCUACAUUCGGUUGUUCAGUCAGUCUGUUAUGUAUCCACAGAGUUUCUAAACCCAGAGGUGCAACAUCGCUAGACUUCUGGGAAUGCUUGCAAAGCAGACCAAACAGACCAGGCAGGGGUUUGGGGUUUGAGAAGUCAAUGAGAGAAGUGACAAAUUCUUCCUUAGUUGUUAAUUUUCUUGAAAUCUAAAGGCACAACCAAGAUUAGAGGCAAUGUCUUAAGUAGUUGAACAUGUUAUUACUCCAACCUCGUGAAAGUGUCAAACUGAACCAUUUUCAUUUUUUUUGUUAAAGAAAAACGUUAUAUCGAAGGAGUGCCUUUGAUUUGACGGCCUGCAUAUGCGCAGUUUGGCGCUAGACGACCAUUACACUCAAUUACGUGUUUCUACACAUGUGCUUAUCUAGCCAACGUCGCCAUGACAUUGCCUACAAGUGUGAUUGGGGAUUUAUUUUGGAGAAGCAGUUUUAGCCUAUCUUCAUAGUGUACUGUCUUUGAUGUAGCUGUAACUGUAUUCUAAACAAAACAACUACACCAUCUAGUGGUAAUGGUACCAGCCAGUUACAACUUUAUUUACCCUGAUAUGAAGGUAGUUGAUGGCUAACUUGUUUGCUGAAAAUCCAAUCAGAUUUUGAAUUUAGACAGUUUGAUCUUUGAGGAGUCGGGCCUACCUGAUUGGAGGUUCUUGUCCAUGCACAAUAUCUCAUAUUGUAGCCUAAUACAGGGAUGGGGCUCUUGAAGGACAUCAUCUCCCGCUGGAGAGCUGUGGUAUGGAAAAAAACAUGAAAGGAUAUUGAAGUGGCUGGACUCAUCAACCUUUCAUUAACCUCACUCCAGUUUUCCCCCAGAUAAGAGUCUGCCAACAAGAUUAACUUUUCAAAGAUUCAUUCGACUCAUCUCUCUCUCUCUCUCUCUCUCUCUCUCUCUCUCUCUCUCUCUCUCUCUCUCUCUCUCUCUCUCUCUCUCUCUUUCUCAGGUGGUCCAGGAGGAGAAAAGGACCGUGCUGCUAUCAGUCAUGAGGCCUUUCUACUCAUGGCCAACUCCCAGAGUGACAUGGAUGACUGGGUCAAGGCCAUACGACGGGUCAUCUGGGCACCGUUUGGAGGAGGUAAACUAGGCUGGCAUUCAAAGUGAUUUUGCUAUGUUUCACUGUUGUUUUGCAGUGUUCAGUCUGGUUUAACCAGGCUAGAAGUAAACUGCUUUGCCCAGACUUAUAUUACUAGAUACAAUUAUUUACAAAACUGAGCUAAUGCUCAGUGAAAGCGUAUUCUGGUCAAGGCUCACAUUGUACAUGUAACUCAAACAUUUUGACUUAUGCUGUAUGGGGUCAGCGGUUUGACAGACAGAAAAUCAUUGCAUGGAGUACAGUAUGUUCAGAACAGACUAACAGGUACUUUCAGAGCUUUAAGUCUUUAUUUCCUUACUAGUGUGUCAUUACACUCUGUUCAGUUUCUAACAUUGCACUGAAGGCUAGUCUACUGUAUGCUGCUGUACUUGACGUGUAUCCGGAAGUUUCAAGCUUUAAUGUCACAUGCACAAGUACAGUGAAAUGCCUUUCUGGCAAGCUCUAAACCCAACAGUGCAGUAAUCAAUAACAAUGUAAUACUAAAAAUAACAUAAGGUAAAACAAAAACACACAAUAAAUAAAAAUAAGAAAAUAAGAAGAACACGAGAAAGUAAGUGAGCAUAUUAUAUACAGGGUCAGUUCCAGUAUAUGAUGAUCCUCUGUAGCUCAAUUGGUAGAGCAUGGCGCUUGUAACGCCAGGGUAGUGGGUUCGAUCCCCGGGACCACCCAUACGUAAAAAUGUAUGCACACAUGACUGUAAGUCGCUUUGGAUAAAAGCAUCUGCUAAAUGGCAUAUUAUUAUUAUUAUUAUUAUUAUGAUUGAGUCAGUGUGUGUAGAGUCAGUAUAAAUGUAUAUGCAUAUUAUGUGUGUGUGAGCAAAUUAUGGAGUAAGUGUUUGUGUGUGUGUUGGAGUGUUAGUGUGCGUGAGUGUGUAGGGCCCUGUGAGUGUGCAUAGAGACAGUGCAAAAAUGUAAAUAAAAUAAAAUACAAGGGUCAGCUCAGAUUGUCCGUGUAGCCAUUUAGUUACCUAUUUAGCAGUGUUAUGGCUUGGGGAUAGAAGCUGUUCAGGAGCAUGUUGGUGUCAGACUUGAUCCACUGGUUCCGCUUGCCAUGCAGAAGCAGAGAGAAUAGUCUAUGGCUUGGGUGACUGGAGACUUGGGUGACUGGAGACCUCUGAUAUAGAGGUCCUGGAUGGCAAGGAGCUCGGCCCCAGUGAUGUACUGUGCUGUCCACACCACCCUCUGUAGCGCCCUGCGAUCGAGGAUGGUGUUAUUGCCAUACCAAGCAGUGAUGCAGCCAGUCAAGAUACUCUCAAUGGUACAGCUGUAUAACUUUUUGAGGAUUUGAAGGCCCAUGCCAAACUUGUUCAACCUCCUGAGGGGAAGAGGCGCUGUUGCGCCUUCUUCACGACUGUGCGGGUGUGUACCAUUUUAAGUCCUUAGUGAUUUGGACACCGAGGAACUUGAAGCUUCGACCCGCUCCACUGCAGCCCCAUCGAUGUGGAUGGAAGCAUGCUCACCCCCCUCUUUCUCCUGUAGUCCACGAUCAGCUCCUUGCUCUUACUGACAUUGAGGGAGAGGUUGUUGUCCUGGCACCACACUGCCAGGUCACUGACCUCCUCCCUGUAGGCUGUCUCAUCGUCACCGGUGAUCAGGCCUACCACCGUCGUGUCGUCAGCCAGCUUGAUGAUGGUGUUGGAGUCGUGCGUGGCCACACAGUCAUGGGUGAACAGGGAGUACAGGAGGGGACUAAGCACACACCCCUGUGGGGCCCCUGUGAUGAGAGUCAGCAUGACAGAGGUGAUGUUCCCUUCAGGAAGUCCAGGAUCCAGUUGCAGAAAGAGAUGUUCAGUCCCAGGGUCCUAAGCUUGGUGACAAACUUAGAGGGGACAAUGGUAUUGAACGCUGAGCUUUAAUCAAUGAACAGAAUUCGCACAUAGUAAUUCCUCUUAUCUAGGUGGGUGAGGGCAGUGUGGAGUGCAAUUCAGAUUGUGUCAUCUAUGGAUCUGUUGGGGUGGUAUGCAAGUUGGAGUGGGUCUAGGGUGUCUGAGGUGAUGUGUGCCAUAACCAGCCUCUCCAAGCACUUCAUAAAAUAUAGGCUAGGGUGUGUGAAGGCAGCUGGAUAUCCAGAUAUUAUAUUAAAAAGAGGACGUUAUAAAUAGGAGGAUCACAGCAUGUCUAACUGACAUCCAGGCUUUCAUAUCAUAGUCGUAACUUUAAACCCAUCAGACACUGGAACUGGAAGGGAGGUACUCUAUUGUAGUCAGUCAGUGAAGACUGCUCAGGAGAGGACGGCUCAAUAAUGGCUGGAACGGCUGAGCGAAUGGAAUGUCACCCAACCAAGUGUUUGAUGUAUUUAAUACCAUUCCACCGAUUCCGCUCCAGCCUUUACCACAAACCCGUCCUCCCCAAUUAAGGUGCCACCAAGCUACUGUGUAGUCAGUAGGCUACUUGUGGCUUCAUACAUUACAUUUUGGAAGGAGCAUGCAAUGAUGAAGGGAACUUCUUUAGCUAAUGUCUAAUUCAUGUCAAGAGGGCCUACAAAUUGCUGAUAACAGCAAGAUUCCAUACGGUAUGUGAGACCUAUGGACAUGUUCUGUAUUGGCCCUUGCCAAGUACCUCAACUCCUCCACGGAGCAACUCGAAAGAGUCAGAGGUUCAUUUCAAAAACUCUAGUCUGCGCUCAACUCCAUGGAUGAAAUCAUCGGGGAGUUGAGGUACUUGCCAAUAUUGGCCCCUGAAUGCUCUGUUGCACAGGGGUGUAUUUAGUUGUUGUUGUUUUUUUUUAAAUAUAUUGUUUUAAAAUAUAUAUUUCCCUUUAUUACUUUCCAACCCCACCACCCCUUCCCUAAUUGGAGUAAACUAGAGAACAACAAUGCUUAGGCCUCUACUUCCAGCUUAUACUGUACAUACUAUAUACAUUUUAUGGACACAGUCAAUUUUACAAUAAUUCUAUUUUAUUUGUUUUUACUCCUGAACUUCCUCUAACCUCAACCUCGCCAAUCAUUUUCAUGAUGUCCAUCCGGUUUGCUUCUAUAUGCCAUAUCUUUCUAACUGUGCUCUUUCACAAAAGCUCUCAACCUAUAACCUAUAUACUUAUUAUGGACACAGUAUGCUUACAUUAUUAGUUAUCUUGUUGUUAUUAGUUGUUGUUAGUAGUUAUUAGUCCCAUCCUUCAACUCCAUUCAACACCACCCAUCUAUCUCUUAACACCAUCCAUAUUGGAUUUCUAUUUGCCAUAUAUUUUCAACUGUACUGUGAUGUUUUACAAAAGUUCUGAACCUUUCUAUUCUCAUUGUUUCUACAGAUUGUAAAUUGAAAAUAAACAUUUUUGCUAAAAGUAUUAUUAUAUUAUUGAUCGAUUGACUAUGACUUUUCAGAUCACCCAGUAAUGCUAUCUGCAGGGUUAGCUCCAGGUAAAUAUUGCAAUGUGUCCAAAAACAAGCUACGAAUGGACAGUACCAAAACAAAUGAUCUAAUGAUUCUGUCUCUUUGCAGCAAAAUCUAUUGGUAGCAAAAAUGUUAUAUAAUAAUUUACAUUUACAUUUACAUUUUAGUAAUUUAGCAGACGCUCUUAUCCAGAGCGACUUACAAUUUAAAUUGACAAAUUCUAAGUUUUGAAUCCGGCGUCGUUUUGCGUAUCAGUUCAAAAAUCUCUUCCCAGCUAUUUUGGGACGGCUGUCGGUCCUUAAAUGAAACUGGUAUACUUUUUUAUUUAUCACAGUUUUCUUUAACCAAUUAUGUUCUUUAAUGAAAGGCCAACAGACAAGUUCCUUACUUUUUCCCCCUUCCACUUUCCUCUUCCAUUUUUGCGGUAAUGCUGCAAUUAUUUGGUUGUAAUUUUGGGUAGAGCAGACAUUUCCAUAUGUUUUUGUUAGCUACAUGUGCGACAUACCUCCACCUGUCCUACCGAUGAUAUCAUUUACGAAGAUUAUACCUUUUUAUUUUUUUUAUUUGUCAAAAUAAAAAGGUUUUUUAGCAAUUAUAUAUUUGAGUUUAACCACAAUAUUUGUUGCAUUCUUUGUUCUGUCGUUUCUGGAGGAACUUUAUAUGGCUUGUUUUAGAAAUAGUGAUAUUUGGGAGAUUAUUUCUGUCACGCCCUGACUCAGGGGACUCGUAUAUGUUGAGUCAGGGUGUGUAUAUUCUUUGUUUGUGUAUAUUUCUAUGUGAUUUAUCUAGGAUGGGUAUUUCUAUGUUGGCCGGUGUGGUUCCCAAUCAGAGGCAGCUGUCGCUCAUUGUCUCUGAUUGGGGAUCAUACUUAGGCAGCCUAUUGGCACUAUUGAGUUGUGGGAUCUUGUUCCUGGUAAGGUUAGUUGUGUGUCUACCUUAGGACUUCACGUUUCGUUUCCUUUGUUGUUUUGUCGUGUGUUUAUAGUUCAAUAAACAUGUAUGCAUAUCACGCUGCACCUUGGUCUGACCCGUCAUUCAACGAACGUGACAAUUUCCUUUUCAAAUAACUGAAAGUGAGAGGUUGUAAUCUGAAUAAAGGGAAAAAGGCCAUUCUUGAACAUUGGGUGAGACAAUCUUACUAAUUUGCUAGAGAACCAGUUCGGAUUUAAGUAUAACUUUUGUAUGACUGAAGCUUUUAGUGAUAGGUCUAAUGCUUUAAUAUUUAAUAAUUUCUGUCCUCCAAUUAAUAUUCAUUAUAUAAAUAGGCCUGUUUAAUUUUGUCUGGCUUACCGUUCCAAAUAAAAUUGAAUCUUUUUUUCUCAUAUAAUUUCAAAAACUGUUCACUAGGCGUAGGCAAGACCAUAAGGAAAUAGGUAAACUGGGAUAAUACUAAAGAGUUAAUCAGGGUGAUUUUUCCACAAAUUGACAGGUAUUUACCUUUCCAUGGUAGCAAGAUCUUAUCUAUUUUUGCUAACUUUCUAUAAAAAUGUAUUGGAGUAAGAAUUUAUUUCAAUUGGGAUAUGUAUUCCGAUUAUAUCACCAUCAGACCAUUUUAUUGGUAAACUACAUGGUAAUGUAAAAUUUUAAUUUUUUUGUGAUCCAAUACAUAAUAUAGUACAUUUAUCAUAAUUUGGUUGUCAUCCAGAGAGGUUAGAAAAUGUAUCUAGAUCCUCUGUGAGGCUGUGGAGGGAUUCUAGUUGUGGAUUUAAAAGAAAACAUGAAUCAUCAGCGUACAAUGACACCUUUGUUUUUAAGCCCUGGAUUUCUAAUCACUUGAUAUUAUUGUUGGAUCUGAUUUUAAUAGCUAACAUCUCGGUGGCCAUAAUAAACAUAUAUGCCGAUAGUUUAAUACUUUCUGAGAAAUAGCCAUUUAUUUACUAUUUUACACCUAGGAUUACUAUACAUAAUAUUAACCCAUUUUAUAAGACAUUUAUAAGGCAAUUAUACAUAAACCCCAGUCAUACUUUAUCAAAUGCCUUUUCGAAGUCUGCUUUGAAUAGCAGGCCUGGUUUCCCAGAUUUUUCAUAGUGUUCUAUUGUUUCCAGUACUUGCCUUAUAUUAUCUCCAAUGUAUCUUCCAUGUAAAAAACCUGUCUGAUUAGAAUGAAUAAUGUCCGACAAUACCUUUUUAAUUCUAUGCGCUAUACAUUUUGCUAGAAUCUUUGCAUCACAACACUGAAGUGUAAGGGGUCAAUUUUUUAAAUGGACUGGAUGUUUACAUUUUCCACUUGUAUCCUGUUUCAGUAAUAAUGAAAUCAGAACUUCUUGAGUGUCUGAUAAUCUACCAUUUACAUAGGAGUGGUUAAAACAUGCUAAUAACGGUCCUCUGAGUAUAUCAAAAAAGGUUUGGUAUACCUUGACUGGUAUGCCAUCCAACCCUGGAUUUUUCCCGGACUUAAAGUCUUUAAUUGCAUCCAGAGGUUCCUCCUCUGUAAUUUCACCUUCACAUGAGUCUUUCUGUAUGGCUGUUAAUUUUACAUUAUCAAUAGAAAAUAAAUCUCUACAAUUAGCUUCAGUUAGAGGAGAUGGAGGCAACUGAAACGAAAACAUAUGCUUAAAGUACUUUGUUUCCUCCUUCAAAAUAUCAUUUGGUGAAUCAUGGGUGACAUUUCUAACCAGUUUCAGUAAAUUAUUUUUGGUAGCAUUCCUAUGUUGAAGAUUAAAAAAGAAUUUGGUGCAUAUUUCCCCAUAUUCCAUCCAGUUUGCUUUAUUUUUAUAAUAUAUUACACUUGAUCUUUCUUGAAUAAGUUCCUCAAUUUCUUUUUGUUUUUUCUCUAAUUUAUUCUGAGCCUCUAUGUUACAGUUUUUAUUGCUAUCUAUCUGUUCUGUUAGACCUUCUAUUUCCUUUGUUAGUAUAGACUCUUUUGACCCAAAUUUCUUUUGACCUAAAUUUCUUUUGUUUUCGAGCUGAGUACUGAAUUGCAUGGCCUCUAAAGGCACAUUUAAAGGCGUCCCAUACAAUAAGGGGAUUUGCUGCACCUAUGUUAUGUCGGAAAAUAUCAGUUAUAAAAUGUAAAUGUAAAAUUUAAGAAAGGACCUGAUUUAUGAAUGGAUACACGAAUGUUUAUACAGUUACAGCUGUUUGAGAAAGCGUGCAAGAUUGAGCAAAAAUUGACAACAAUGUGAGAUUUGAUUAAUCUAUUUAAUCUAUGUUAAGUCCUAGGUGAUGGAGAUCAGAUCCACCCUCUUCACCUGAGACACAAACACUCUGGUCCCCCGUUGUAACCAUUUUUCCCAAGCAUCUCCGUGCAGUCAGACCUUUGAUUAUUUUGUGCCACCUGGCCACAAUGAUAAGCCCCCUCUCUGAUUGUCCGAGUGUGACCCCCUCCCCAUGGGUUACUGCAGCCAGUGUUGCCAGCACUGCCACUACCUGGGUAGGGGUACCCCACCGGAAUCCCCACUGGCUAGGUACAAGGUCGUCAAGGUUCUCAUUAGCAGCUUUGAGAACUUCCUUGUAUAUUAUGCUCUCCCAUCAGGGGGCUCUGGCUUUGUAGGACCAACCCUGCCAGGCAGGCUCAGAAUAUUGAGGGGGCGGUGCUGCUCAAGUAGGUCUCUGACCGCAUUAUUUUUUUUGUUUUGGCUGCAUAUAGGCAACUCACAGCAGGUCCAUAAAACAGAUGGGGACUUCUCUUUGGUGUAUGGGUCGCUCAGGUGGGUGUCUAGGAUAUAGGGUUGGGGAUCGUUCCAUCAUGAUAGGUCAAUAAAAAAAUAUAUUAGAUGUAUACUAUAUUUUAAAAUGUAUAUCCCUCAUCUGCACAAAAUUGAAAGCUCUCUCUCACAACCCCUGCUCACAGACACACAUUGGUUCUGGGAUAUGCAACCAUUUCCUUUCUCACUCACUUAAUGCCACACUUAUUCCAUUGUCUCAAAUUUACAAGGCCGCAGGAAUGUUUUCGAGUUCUCACUCUCCAUCAAGAAUAGAACUGUCGCCAACUUAUAGAACUGUCAUUAACAGGAAUACUGCAGGCAUAACCAAUGACUCAUGUCUCCUAUUUACAUUUUGAUGUGCAGACUACCUGCCUCAUUACGAGUUAUUAGAAGACCAGUCUUCUCGAAUGCACGAACCAGACUGGAUUGAAUUACUUCAACCGUCGCUGCUUGAGGAAUGUGGCUUUGUAAUGUAUGAAAAGCGCGCUCUGCAACUGUGUAGCACUUUCUCAAUUAAGUAUUAUGACUACUCCGAUCUGUCCGUGCCUAGGGGUUGUGUUGCACGCAAUCAUCAGAUGAGAUACAGUGCGCGAUUGAUCGAAGAAGAUGUGAAGACUGUUUGAACUUUUUUUGCCCUCUCUGUUUCUUAUUUUUAGGGGUUCACAGCGAAGCUGAGUAACUUGGUAAAAAAUAAUGGCACCAAUUGGCCUAUAGAGGGCACUGUAUACACAGUCUCACUUAAACCCUCAUAUCUGUCGCCCCAUUUGACCUAGAGACUUGAAACUUUGUAUGUAGGUGUCUUUCCUCAUGUAGAACACAUUUGCCUCAAAGACCCAUAAGGUCCAUCCUGAUAGAGGACACUCUUUUCACUCCAUUUUGCCCAGUGUGCGGUGCUAUACAUCACAGUGGGCACACACACACACACACACAUACACACAGUGGCACGUUAAACGGAAUAAAUACAUUCUAAAGUCAAUAAUAAUGGAUUGCAUUAUAGCUAAAAGCUACAGUAGAUAUUCCUCUAUAAAUUGAAUUUAGACAAGUUAGCAUGCUAGCUAGCUUUGUAGCUUACUGCCAGCCGUCGCUGCGCAAGACAGUUAGCUAGCUAGCUAAUAAGUUAACAAACUUUCACGCACUUGCGGCCACAUAAAUAUUCUAAAUAGAUAGCUAGCUAGCUUAGAUAAAACAUUGGAUUGUUGAUAUGGCUCUCCGUUUACCAUUUUUCUCAGCCAGGUUUUAGACUCAAUGAAUUAGCCUCUAACAAAUUUGAAAAUAAUUAGUUGCUGCAUUCAAAGUCGGCCAUGCUACACCACUAGAUGGCCCCAUAUCACACCAGGGCUAUGAAAUUAGGUAUGUAAACCUUAUGUAUACGUCAGCGGAGGCUGCUGAGGGGAGGACGGCUCAUAAUAAUGUCCGGAAUGGACAUAAGAUACUGGAGCAAUAACUAUUGAUCAAGUGGAAUUUGUCUCAUGCAAAUUCAUGUUAGAUUUAAAUUAUGCAGACAAAAAAAUGUGAAAUAUUGUGAAAAUAAUGUUGAAAACAUUUCACAAAUCUUAACAUAAAACAUUAGUCAAAUUAACCCCAGAAUUGGUUUAUAAACUCAAUACAUUAAUUAAUGACUUAAAUAAUGAUUACCUGCUGAAUUCAAAGAUAACCAACCCACAGCACUGGACUAGACUAAACUUCACUUGCGUCAUCUUUGUGGUUUUGAGAGAUAAACAUGGUAAUGCUUUCACUGAUUGCACAUAAAGGAACAUAGUUCCUACAUGAUAGUGCUUGCUUUGUUAUCCAACUGAUCUUCUUUCUGUCAUCCUGUGAACCCCGUUCAUUGCUGCUCGCAGCUAUAUUUUGAUUUGCAUUUUGUGUUUACUGUUCAUCCAACUACUGAAUGUUGAGAAGCUGCAUAUUGGUAUUCCUGAACAUAACUUUACAUUGGUUUGGCAUUUUAUUACGGUAAUACCUUUUUUACUGAAUGAAUGACAACCAUUAUUUAAUACUGAAAUACAGUAUGUAAUACGUUUUUCUUGCCUGCAGGGAUAUUUGGCCAGAGUUUAGAGGACACAGUCCAGUAUGAAAAGAAGUUUGGCCAUCGCCUGGCACCUCUUCUGGUGGAGCAGUGUGUGGACUUCAUAAGGGAACAAGGUCUGGAUGAGGAGGGUCUCUUUCGGAUGCCAGGGCAGGCUAACCUGGUGAAGGAUCUACAGGAAGCCUUUGACUGUGGGGAUAAGCCUCUCUUUGACAGGUAGAUGAAAGGUCAUCUGCAUUCCCUGUUAUUGAAUACAAAAUAAAUGCUGAUUUGUUCAGCUGGAAGUAGAAGUGGUGGUGGCAGUAGUGGUGGUGGUGGUCAAUUGUUGACAAUAACUUUGAUAGUGUAUACACAGUAAGCCUACAUAUAGCCUACACUAAAUCCUUCCACUACAAUACUGUAGGCCACUAGGCCUUUAGCACUUGUAAUUCUAUUGUAAUUCAUACAGAGUUAGUAGACAACUUUAGAUAACUCUUUCGCGCCCUCUUGCAGUAACACUGACAUCCACACAGUGGCGUCCCUGCUGAAGCUCUACCUCCGUGAACUGCCUGAGCCUGUGGUCCCUUUCUCAAAGUAUGAGGACUUCCUCUCCUGUGCUCAGCUGCUGGCCAAAGACGCGGAGGUGGUAAGAGACACUUCUCUGCGCUAGUUCCUGUCAUGUUAGUACUCACACUUUGACUGAAGCCAAAGAGCAGAACUGCUCUGUCAUUGGAUAAAAACCAGUGUUCAAGUACAUGAUGUCUGUGUGAAGAAACAAGAGCUGUCGUGAUACUGUAUGUCAUAGGUUCUCAUCUUAUCUUCUUAGGGUGUACAGGAGCUGGGAAAGCAAGUGAGCAAUCUUCCUCCAGCCAACUACAAUCUCCUGAAGUACAUAUGCAAGUACGUCCACAAACAUCCAACUCCCUUCCUUUGAAGAUUUUAUCACAGUCCCAUUUUCAUAUCUUUCGAAUUCUGUCCCGCCAUGCCGUGCCUUUCUUUAAAGGUUUCUUGAUGAGGUCCAGUCUCACGCAAUCAAAAACAAGAUGAGUGUACAGAACCUGGCCACUGUAUUUGGACCAAAUAUCCUCCGGCCCAAAAUGGAGGACCCAGUGGUUAUUAUGGAAGGUAUGAACUCUCAUUAAUUUUAUAUCAUGCUGAUAUUAACAGCAACUGUAUUAAUCAUCUGAGACUUUCCUGAUAUUUGUUCAUUGAAAUGGCUGGGAAGUAUGAUGCAGAGUCGAUACAGUACAUUAGCUUAUGGAAACAGAGUACCGAAACACUUUACUAUUACAUGCUAUCUAUUCAUGACUCACCUACUCUAUGUCCAGUUCAUAAAACAUAUACAAAUCCAAAGUAGAACAGCAUUGUACAGUAUGGUUCCUUAUUCCUUUUUAUUGUUUCCUGUAAAGGGACCUCCCUAGUCCAGAGCCUCAUGACCGUACUGAUCAGUGAGCAUAAACGUCUGUAUUCGGGGAGGGGGGAGCUGGAGGUCCCUGUUCCCCAGCCAGAGGUGACCCUCCAAGGCCAACAGCUCCAGCAGCACAGCAUCGGGGGCUGGAUUUCCGAGGAGGACCUCCAGAGCUGCCCCACCAACCCCAACGAGGACCUCACCUGCAGCAGCACCUCUUCUCUGGAUGCUAAACUCUGUGCCGCCACCACCCCUCCACCCAGACUCGCUCCUUCAGGGAAGGGGGAGACGGUGGUCAGCCCCAGCAAGCAGACCAAGAAUGUUCCCUCCUGGAAGUACUCCUUCAAGGGCUCCUCCAUGCCGCGGCCCCCUCCUCAGGCCAAGCCGGCCGUUUCCACUGCUGACGUCACCAGCGUUUCCUAUAGUGGGAACUGGCUGAUGAACGGGCUGUCCUCUCUGAGGAGCCAUAGGCGCACCACCUCAGGGGAGCGUGUCAGGGACUCCACCAGCUCUUUCCAGAGACUGUCCACCUAUGACAACGUCACCUCUUCCUCCAGCAUGGGCAGUGUCCCUAGCGUAGCCAGCACUCCUUGGUCUACCUCCUCCUGUGAGAUCUCCGCACCCAACUCAGGCAGCGAGCCCUCAGGGCCUAACUGUGGUAACGGGAAGGGUCAAGGGGAUUGCCAGUGGCAGGAGCUAGCCUCACCCCAGGGCCAGGACCGGAAGGGAGGCCGGGAUGAGGAGAGAGUUGGAGAUAGGGUCUCAGAGCAGGAACAAGACAGUAUUGAAGCCAUGGAGCUGUGUGUUAGCAGCGCAGGCUGCAGUGACAAUGGGAACACCAAAGCCAAUAUUAUGUUGGUGCCAUCCAUCGUGACGCCGGAAGACCUUGACGGAGGCUCCAAAGUACUUACCAGCCUGGUGGAGGGUCUGAAGGACGAGCUGAGGAAACAGAAGGUGGCCUACGAGACCAUCAUGAAAAAGUAAGUCUGCAGGCUGCAUAUCAGUCUUAGGUUACUUGCAGGUAUUGAGGAGUUCCGGCUCUAUAGUUGUGUAAAUCAACCUAUGUAUGUGUGUGCCCCCUGCAGGCUGGAGGAGUCCAAUGCUGCGCUGUGUGCUCAGAUGGAGCGUCUGGAGCAGGAAAUGGAGCAGGAGAGGAAGAAGCAGCGCAUGCUGGAGAUCAAGCUCCGCAACUCAGACCGAGCCCGUCACGAUGCAGAGAACAGGAACCAACUCCUGGAGAGGGAAAUGGAGGACUUCUUCUCCACUUUGGGAGACCUGGCUCUGGGAGCAAGGACUAGUGACAUUUAA